AUGGAUAAAAGCGCUCCGAGACUAGUGUCCGUCCAACGACACCAGGACUAUUCGCAGAGCAAUAGUCAUCACAACUUCAGAGAACAUCAAUCACAUGCGCAUCCAUCAUCCCCAAUUGAUGCCCGAGAAUUUAAUGAACCCCAUCGGACUCAGCGAUCGUUUUCUUAUCAUCAUUAUAAUGAAGACCCGCGGAAUGUUUCAUCUUAUCGAAAUCCUCCUCCACAUUCCUUGACUUCCGUGGGACUUGAUAGAUUGACUAUACAUAGAAGACUUGAUUCAUCUCAAAAUAACGAGGGAUAUUCCCAUGAUUAUCAGAAUGUUCCAAAAAACAGGGAGGACGGUUAUCAUAUAACUAAAGUUCCCAACUAUACAACCGUUUAUUCUAAUAGAGAACUAUAUGAUCGUGAUGAGUAUGUGGCCUAUCCCGAUUCUUCUCCUAAAAACAAUAUUGGUUACAAGGAAACUGACAUUUUAGAUGACGGGAGCGAUUCUCAAGCGGAAGUUUAUCAGCCAGGAACUGCAGAUGAAGAUGCUCAAUAUACUAGUGAAGAAGAAGCUGAUGAUCCACAAUUUUUCGAACUUCAAGAGCGAGAGUCCAUAAUAAAAAAGUAUUCGGAGGGACCCGAUGGUAUGAACGUUGACGACUGGGAGAAUCCUAACUCAGAUCUGUACAAGAAAAUGGAUAGAUUUGGCUUUUUGCAUAAAAAUGAAAACGAGCUUAGUGAUGCGGAGAGACUAAAAAAACGCCAACUCGAACAGAAGAUGAAGAGAGUUAAGAAGUGGCGAGUAAUGGUUGAGAUGCUGCAAAAGGGAAUUAUUCAUAAAAAAUUGGCUGAACGUACAUGGAAGGGUGUGCCUGCGGAAUAUCGAACCAUCGUAUGGCCAGCGUUAUUGGGAAUUUAUCAAAUGAAGAAGGAAAACAAGGAUGCAUAUGCCAAUCUGCUGCUCAGAGCACGCCUAGUUAGUAAGGAUAUAAAGCAAAUUGACUUGGAUAUUAAUCGGACUUAUCGAGAUCACGAGGCUUUUCGCCGGCGUUAUAGUGUGAAGCAACAAUCACUUCUCAACGUUCUGGCGGCAUAUUCUAUGUAUAAUACAGAAGUUGGAUAUUGCCAAGGAAUGAGUCAAUUAGCUGCCCUUUUCCUAAUGUAUCUGGAUGAAGAAGAUACUUUUUGGUGUUUACACUCUCUAAUGGUCGGUGAAAAGCAUUUAAUGCAUGGGUUCUUUGUUCCCGGUUUUCCAAAAUUGACUAGAUUCGAAGCUCAUUUUAAAAAAGUUCUCAAAAAGUAUAAGCCAAGAGUAUAUAAGCAUUUAGAAAAACAAGAUAUUCCUUAUAUUUAUUUAACAAAGUGGUGGUUUGGAUGUUUUCUUGAUCGUGUGCCUUUCGCUCUUGCCCUUAGAUUGUGGGACGUUUAUCUUUUAGAGGGAGAAAGUAUUCUUAUAGCAAUGGCUUUGAACAUUAUGAAAAUGCAUGAAAGAGCCAUCCGAUCAUUACAAAUCGAUACAUUCAUGGAGUUUAUUCAAAUAAGGAUAGCAGAAAACUUCAUGUUCUCUGAUGAUGCUGUGAUGAUUUCAUUAAACGAGACACUAACGAAACUCAAAAGCGAUAAGCAGCACAUCCCUCCUUUACCAAAAGAGUCGGACUUACCUGAAAGACCAACUAAACAAUUAGGACCAAUAUUAAUGAAGCCUCUGAGUUCUAUUAGAGAGGAAAUUACUGAAAUACAAUCUCGUCAUAGUAUUGCUCAUGCUAGCAGCAGAUCUCCAUACUCAAGAAAGAAAAAGUCGAAACCACCCGUGGGAUCGAAAACGCCACAACCAGGUUUGCCGCGAGAUGCUGCUCGUGGGACCAGUAGCAGCUUUAGAAGCUUAGGAAAUAAUUCGGCUGCUUUCCACGAGCAAAAAGAAAUUCCGUUCCAGAAGCCUAUACCGUUUGAGAUUCCUUCACGAAGACCUUCACGCAAUACAACUCCUUCAACACCUCCAGCUGACUUCCAUCAUGCUCGUGCAUAUAUAUCACCUAGUAAGGGUUUGAAUGGGACAGCCAAACAUGGCUUUGAUAGACACAUGGGUGGAAGAACCUCUUCUAUACGGGAUGAGCAUACUGGACGGGAUGUAACUAUUGUCCGCGAUGACGACGAUUCUCCAGAGUUGUUUGAGGAAUCGAUAUCCUAUUCCUCUACAAAUACAGUUGAUACCAACUCACAGCAUAAUGUUUCCGUAUCCGGAUCUAAAGUUGUCCAAGGAGCCAACAACGUUACUUACAUUACAGUUGGGGAUGAUACAGUUGUGUAG